AUGAAAGGAGGUGGUUUCAAAGUGAAGGGUAGAGAGUUAACUUUUCUCCUAAUUGUGCUUGUAUGCAUAACCAUCAUUAUGCUGGCAUGGGAGAGAACCCCACUUCUUUCCGCCUCACUUCCCGUCAUAAGGACAUACUCAGCAAUGAUGACUUUUAUUCUGUUAUCUACCUGUGCCACCAACGAAAUUUGUUUCUUUUCCCUGACAGAGAUAUCACUGAACUUAACUGAUAUGAAGGAGAAAGAUAAAGUCUUAACAGAAGUAGGCAAAUAUCAAACUGCAGAUAAAACUCUAAGUUUGAGAGAAGCAGAAGGAAAACCUAAUCAGAAUGUUCAACGGAGUUUGAAUAUUACAUUAAACAAAGCCGCUGAGGGGGAACAAGAUGACGAGAAUACAGAGAAAGUAGGAGAUAAUCAAGUUUGUAAUUAUGCAAAAGGGAAGUGGGUGGUAGAUGACAGCUUGCCUUUAUAUUCUGGAUUUGAGUGCAAGCAAUGGCUUGCAUCGGGGUGGGCCUGUCGGUUGAUGCAACGGACUGAUUUUUCAUAUGAGAAGAUCAGAUGGAAACCGAAAGAUUGUAAAAUGAAGCGAUUCAAAGGUGACGAGUUCUUGAAAAGGAUGCAUGGAAAGACCCUAGCUUUUGUUGGAGAUUCAUUAGGACGCCAGCAAUUCCAGUCUCUAAUGUGUAUGAUCACUGGAGGGUUAGAAAGAAACGAUGUCCUCGAUGUAGGAGAUGAGUAUGGAUUUACCGCCCCUGAAAAUGGCCGUCCGAGUGGGUGGGCUUAUAGGUUCCCCACCACGAACACCACUGUCCUUUAUUACUGGUCUUCUUGCCUCUGUGAUGUGGAACCUAUCAACACUGAAGAUCCAGACACAUACUACGCCAUGCACCUCGAUCGACCGCCAUCUUUCCUGCGUGAAAAUCUGCAUAGAAUUCACGUCCUGGUUCUUAACACGGGGCACCACUGGAACCGCGGGAAGCUGAAUGCUAAUCGGUGGGUCAUGUAUGUUGGUGGCGUCAAGAAUACCAACAAGAGGCUAAUAGCUAUGGGGGAUGCCAAGAAUUUCACAAUUCACAGUAUUGUUAGUUGGGUGGACAGCCAGCUGCCGAAGAAUCCGCAGUUACAGGCUUUCUAUCGUAGCCUAUCUCCCAGGCAUUUCUUUGGUGGGGAAUGGAACACCGGUGGGAGUUGUGACAACAUGACGCCCAUGUCUAUAGGCAAGGAACUAGUGGAAGAGGAGUCUAGUGAUUACAGUGCCAGGAGUGCGGUGCAGGGAACAGGGGUUAAGAUUUUGGAUAUAACAUCUUUGUCCCAGCUUAGGGACGAGGGUCAUAUCUCAAAAUACAGCCUAACAGCGGCACCCGGUGUGCAAGAUUGCUUGCAUUGGUGUCUGCCUGGGGUUCCCGACUCAUGGAAUGAAAUCCUCUUUGCACAAAUCAACUGA